AUGAACGAGGAGGACGAGUUCGGCAUGAGCAAGACGACCCGGGACGCUGACCCUAUGGAGCAAGAGAAUAAGAGCGCCGUGAAGGACCACUCGGACUUCAAUUUCCUGGACGCAGACAAGGUCCGCGCUGCCGUGACGUCCGAGGACAAGUGGAUGGCGCGCUUGCCUGUGGAGAAUGACCCGAGUCAGUGGACGAUCUUAGAGGUGCAGAUUCGGCCUGACCGCUCGUGGGAAGUAAUUAAAGAGCUAAUCGCCACGGUCUGCAUCGGCAAAGGUCUCUUGGUCACCGAGGAGCACCCCAAUUCGGUGCUGUUCCGCAAAAAAGUGACCCAGGAAUCAAUGGCUCACGGCAUGGCCAACUCCACCACAUUCCUCAAUGUUUACGCGCACAUUGGUGUGUCGCCAUCCAAGCUGCGGGUGGUGGAUGUCUGCACGUUGGUGUCAGACGAGAACAAGCUUCUUGGUGGCAUGGUAUCAACUGGAAAAAAUACGCUGUGGACGGCUCAAGACCACAAUCAGCCUCACAAGUAUGCGCUGGAUCAGCUGCUUGGGGCAUUGCAGGCGACACUUCUUAGCCAAUGUCUUUCCUUAAGCCAUUUGUACAUGGCCUCCUCUGAAAACUCGAUGGACUCAGUGGAGAACGCAGAGCUGGAUGAAGGAUACGUUGCAGACCUGAAGAGGGCGUUCAGCAGGUGCAUGAAAUGA